ACUGCGAUCACGUGACACACGGCACAGCGGCACCAUUUCAUCCGUACAGUCUGCUUCUUACUGGAUGCAAAUAACCGAUCGGAGCUGAACUGAUUUUUUAUUUUGGCCGGUUGGACGGCUGUACUCGGCGGUAAAGCUGGAAGGAGCGCAGAUAUGCACGCAGCAGGACGGAUUUUACGUUCCUCACAUGAGCUGUGAUCAUGAGAUGAUGAAGAAGAUGGGCGAGAAAGAGCCAAAACACACCAGCCGAGUUGUGCUGGUCAAGAGGAUCAUAAUGAAGCAUGACAAUCCGGUCCGGCAGGGCAUCGGGAAGCCGAGCGUCUAUCAUGCUGUUGUGGUCAUCUUCCUGGAGUUUUUCGCCUGGGGUCUCCUGACCAUGCCGAUGCUCACCGUUUUGCAUGAAACGUUCCCCAAACACACGUUCUUAAUAAACGGCCUGAUUCAGGGAGUGAAGGGUCUGCUGUCGUUUAUGAGCGCUCCGUUAAUUGGCGCUCUGUCAGACGUGUGGGGCAGACGAUCGUUUCUAUUGGUUACCGUGUUCUUCACGUGUGCGCCCAUCCCGCUCAUGAGACUCAGUCCAUGGUGGUACUUUGCCAUGAUAUCAGUGUCCGGCACGUUUUCCGUCACCUUCUCUGUAAUCUUCGCGUACAUCGCAGACGUUACGGAUGUGCGUGAGAGGAGUACGGCGUACGGACUCGUUUCUGCGACGUUCGCAGCGAGUCUGGUCACCAGCCCGGCCAUCGGCGCGUACCUGUCAGCCAGCUACGGAGAUAAUCUGGUGGUGCUGCUGGCGACUCUCAUCGCUCUGGCCGACAUCUGCUUCAUCCUGCUGGCUGUCCCAGAGUCACUGCCCGACAAGAUGAGGCUCAACACGUGGGGAGCGCCCAUCUCCUGGGAGCAGGCCGACCCGUUUGCUUCUUUGCGGAAGGUUGGGCAGGACACGACCGUUCUGCUCAUCUGUAUCACAGUGUUUCUGUCCUAUCUGCCCGAGGCGGGUCAGUACUCCAGCUUUUUCCUCUACCUGCGUCAGGUCAUUAACUUCUCACCCAAAACGAUUGCGGUGUUCAUCGGCGUGGUGGGAAUCCUCUCAAUCCUGGCGCAGACGCUGUUUCUGACUUUAUUAAUGAGGACCAUCGGGAACAAGAACACGGUUCUUCUGGGUCUGGGUUUCCAGAUUCUCCAGCUGGCCUGGUACGGUUUGGGGUCUGAGCCGUGGAUGAUGUGGGCGGCCGGCGCGGUGGCAGCCAUGUCCAGCAUAACGUUCCCUGCAGUGAGCGCUUUAGUGUCACGCAGCGCGGAUCCAGAUAAACAGGGUCUGGUUCUGGGCAUGAUAACAGGGAUUCGGGGGCUCUGUAACGGUCUGGGUCCGGCACUGUACGGCUUCAUUUUCUUCCUCUUUAAUGUGGAGUUGAGCGGGAUCACCUCCAUCCAGCCCGACUACGCCAUCCCACUACAGAACUCCACAGAGAAGACCACAAUCCCCGGUCCUCCGUUCCUCCUGGGCGCCUGUACGGUGGUGGUGGCGUUUCUAGUCGCUCUCUUCAUCCCGGACCACCCCACGCCCCCAGCGACGCCCUGCCAAACCCAUAAGAGCAGCGCGAGUCUAGCCGGCGCUCACACCAACACGUUGCUGCCGGGGAGCGACGACGACGUCGAACCGCUGCUGGAGGACAGCAACGUCUGACUCUCAAACUAAAUCACAUUUGGAAAAAAAUGAAAAAGGCGUCAACACAUUGCAAACACUCCACCUGUCGGCGACUAACAUUUGAGAGCGUGCAGUGUUUAUUUUUUUGUUGUUUAUGACAAAACGGUUAUUGGUUUUGAACUCGGAGGCUUUUUUAUGAAGCGUUUUUACAGUGUUUAACAUGAAUCAACACACUAAGGGCUCAAUCAGUGAGAUCGGAUGCGUUCGGUUUGAUUGAGUUUAAGUGCAAAGCUCUUUAUGUACUGUAUAUAGAUAUUUGGGCGAAGUGCAGUAAAGUUUAUUGUAUGCGGAGCUUGUGGUGGCUUGAAGCUUAUCGUUGCUGUCAUGAGAUUGAAGAAAAACUGGGUGAAUUUCAUGAAAACAUGGCCAUUGCAACCUGAAGAAGAAAAUAAAGCCUGUUUUUAGUCAUUAUUUUCAAGCACAUUUUCUCCCUGCUUAAAACAGGCUUUGUUUGCAUGAAGAAAAAUCACAUUUCCUGUGAUUUUAAACAGAUUUCAUAAAAUUCACCCAAACGGAAAUUUGAGAUUAAUACACAGACAGUAUUUUUAUACUGCAGCGAAUGAAGCCUUAAAGUCACAUAUCCUGUGGCGUAUGACAAGGUUUUAAUAGAUUAGAGAUGCAUCUGGUUGCAUGAACAAUAUUUGUGGCGAUGUUAACCAAACCCGAAACACUUGAGCACCAGCGGUUUGGUGUAGUUACUGAUGCUAACGUAGUUCUUCUAGGCCAGUUAGUUGUUUCGGACACGGCUUGAUUGUGAAAUUCUUGAACUGUGUGUGUGUGUGUGUGUGUGUGUAAAGGUUCUAUGCAGUAGUGAUCAAAAAUGGCAUUAAAUUUAGAA